CUGCGCUCCCUUUCCCCCACAUUGUUUUGUAACAGGAGCCGCUGCUACGCGGAGCCUCUUUGCACAUGCGUUUGCGGCGUGGGUCCCGAACCGUUUGCUGCAUUACAUUUGGCUCAUUAUAAGUGCCACCAGCCCUCUGGAUAAGUUUCCUGCCCGCGGUUACCUGUCGUCCCCCCGUGGACGGGUUGCUUUUCAAACUCAGUCCGCGAACGUGUGCACGCAUUGAGUGUGAUGCAACACCCAAGAAAUAUGAUGGAUGUACAGGGCUUAUGUAAUUUCAUGCACAUCGUUAAAUACACCACCACCCUUGAGAAAUACCCUUGUGAUCAUACGCAAGUGUACGAUAACCCUCCUUUUGCCACUGUUUUUUUCCGUUUCCCUCUUUCUGCGUUUCUUUGCGUCACUUACUGAAUUCGCACCUCGUAGCCGGCGCUGCCGGUUGGCCGUCUUCAUUUCCGCAUCUUCACAGAGCCGGCCUCUUUUUCCCUCUCGGCGUCUGGAAGAAGAAGGCUGGCGAUCAAAAGUGAGGAAGUGUGUGCCUUGCAGCAAUGUCAGGGGAUGCAGCUCCAGUACCGGAGCAGGUAAACAGCAACGGUUGCAACCAAGAAAACAAACCUUCAAAUCAGCGAUUCUCGGAGAAAAAGUGCUCAUGGGCCUCUUAUAUGACCAAUUCCCCUACUCUGAUUGUAAUGAUUGGCCUCCCUGCAAGAGGCAAGACCUAUGUGUCCAAGAAAUUAACUCGCUACCUCAACUGGAUUGGAGUGCCUACAAAAGUAUUUAACUUAGGAGUCUACCGCCGUGAAGCAGUACAAUCAUACAAGUCAUAUGAUUUCUUCAGGCAUGAUAAUGAAGAAGCCAUGAGGAUUCGAAAACAAUGUGCCUUGGUGGCCCUUGAAGAUGUGAAAGUUUAUCUCAUGGAGGAGUCUGGCCAGAUAGCUGUCUUUGAUGCAACUAACACAACUCGGGAGAGGCGGGACAUGAUUUUGACCUUUGCUAAAGAAAAUUCUUUUAAGGUGUUUUUUGUGGAGUCUGUCUGUGAUGAUCCAGAGGUCAUUGCUGCCAAUAUAUUGGAAGUGAAGGUUUCCAGCCCUGACUACCCAGAGAGAAACCGAGAGAAUGUGAUGGAUGAUUUCCUAAAGCGAAUAGAAUGCUAUAAAGUCACCUAUCAGCCUCUUGAUCCAGUUAAUUAUGACAAAGACCGUUCUUUCAUUAAAGUGAUCAACGUAGGGCAGCGCUUCCUUGUCAACAGAGUCCAAGAUUACAUCCAAAGUAAAAUUGUCUAUUACCUUAUGAAUAUCCAUGUUCAGCCACGCACCAUCUAUCUCUGUAGACAUGGUGAGAGUGAGUGCAACCUGGUUAGCAAGAUUGGUGGGGAUUCGGGCCUGUCAGCGCGGGGGAAGCAGUUUGCACAAGCAUUGAAAAAGUUCAUCAAGGAGCAGGAGAUUGUGGAUCUGAAGGUCUGGACUAGCCAAUUGAAAAGAACUAUCCAGACAGCAGAGGCCCUGGGAGUCCCAUAUGAGCAGUGGAAGAUAUUGAACGAGAUUGAUGCUGGAGUAUGUGAAGAAAUGACCUAUGAAGGAAUUCAGAGGAAGUAUCCAGAAGAAUUUGCACUUCGGGAUCAAGAUAAAUACCUUUAUCGCUACCCUGGAGGAGAGUCUUACCAAGAUUUGGUCCAACGCUUGGAACCUGUGAUUAUGGAGCUAGAGCGUCAGGGCAAUGUUCUAGUUAUUUCUCAUCAAGCAGUUAUGAGAUGCUUACUGGCCUAUUUCCUUGAUAAGAGUGCAGAUGAGCUUCCCUACCUGAGGUGCCCUCUUCAUACCAUCCUUAAACUCACACCAGUUGCUUAUGGCUGUAAAUUGGAAAUGAUUUCCCUGAAUGUGGAAGCUGUGGACACACACCGGGACAAGCCACCCACAACAAACAACCUUCCCAAGAGCCAAACCCCUGUAAGGAUGAGAAGGAACAGCUUUACACCACUAGCCAGUCCGGACACAUUAAAACGUCCUCGCAAUUACAGUGUUGGGAGCCAGCCUCUCAGUCCGGCAGGGUCUCUUCUGUUCCGGGAGGCUCGAGACGGGGCUGAUCAACAAAAGCUGCAAGACAGUGUUCAGCUUCAAGGUGGAAGUGCUUGCCUGGAGAAAUCAGACGCAAUCAUCUGUGAGCCCCUGGUCUCGCUACCACCAAGUGAGAUUGUCCCAUGAAGGAGGCAUUGGCUGCAAACCUGCACAGAAUGGCCAGUCUCUUAAAUUUCCUUCCCCUUCUAUUGCUCUGCAACUAUGCUGGUCUGCAUUCCCCUUUGCAGCAUUGCUAAAUGUAACUGUGGCAAGUCUCUCUUUGAUAUCUUAGCUUUUUCCAUUUUGUGUGUGGACCUCAGCUGUAUUAAUAUUUGUAAAUCUGUGGUUAUUUUUGUAACAUUCCCCAAUAGCUGUGAUUGUCCUGUACAAUUGUGUGUGUGGAAGAGAGAGAGGGAGGUUGUGUAUUUCUGUGUGUGGUAUUUUUGCUUUGUGGAGUUAGAUUUCUGCCCUGCAUGUAAUGGUGAUUGUGACAGCUGCCUUGCAACACAUGUGGGAGUCGCUUUUCCUUGCCAUUUAUGGAAUGCAUUUUUUCCUAGAAACCACAAUCCAUUUGUAGUCCCUAGCUGCUUUAUGGGAGUGAUUUAAUAAUAGAGAUAAUUUUUUUGUUAAAUAUUUGCUGCAUAUUAGGAAAUAGAUGCAGGGAUAUGUGAUUCAGGGUCUGGAAUGCACUUUCAAUACUUGGCACUGUUCCCGUACUUUGCCUUAAUGGGAACACUCCCAAAGAAAUCUGAAGAUUAUUUGCCUGCACAAUGUGCUUUAUUGUUUGCUGAAAAUGUUUCAGUUUUGUCCCUGGCUGUCCUGGAAACCUUUUCAUAGGGUUCCCAUACCCUAGUGCUUGCAUUUUCCCAUAAUUGCAAUCUUGUUGGUGUAUGUUUUGUAAAAUGAUAAUAGUAAUAAUAAUCUUGGUAAACGCUA